UCAAGGACCCUCCACGCGCAAAACAUAUACUUUCUGUAAAAUGUGAGGUUUCACGACUUAGUGUGAUCAUUUGAAAAUGUGUCUACUUAUUUGAAUGUAUUUUCACGCGUUUGUCAUUGUUUAGUUUUUUUGUGGCCGGAGAUGGGGUGCGCAAUAUCAGGCUUGGUACCGAAACAAGUCGGGGACGUGAUGGACGAUGUUCCCAUUGUGCAUCUAACUGACGAGCACAGGGAGAUAAUCAAAGAGACGUGGAAAGUCAUCCAAGAGAACAUCGCGAAAGUUGGCAUUAUUAUGUUUGUUGGGUUGUUUGAGACCCAUCCAGAAUGCAAAGACGUUUUCUUCCUGUUCCGAGACGUGGAAGACCUGGAGAGGCUGCGGAACAACAAGGAGCUACAAACUCACGGCCUACGGAUAAUGCACUUCAUUGAGAAAAGCGUGGCCAGACUUAAUCAGAUGGAACGACUGGACCAACUGAUCCUAGAUCUGGGCAAAAGCCACUAUCGUUACAACUCCCCUCCGAAGUACUACAUGUACGUGGGGGCAGAGUUUAUUCGAGCCGUCCAGCCAAUCCUGAAGGACAACUGGACCCCAGAAGUGGAGGAGGCUUGGAAGACGUUGUUCCUGUACAUCACCAGUAUCAUGAAGCAAGGCUAUGUGGAAGAGGAGAAGAACCAGAGGAACACCAUGGCCAACACCAGUAGAGAGAGACCAGAGAAGAGGCUCAAUGUCAUCUAG